UUCAAUGCCUCUAGGCGGCCCUCUCUUUAUUCCUCUUGCCUUCGUGGUUUUUUUCGGCCUCUGAAACUUGCUCCAUAUAACCCUUUUUCGCCCCGCCGAUUGGCUUAAAAUAAUCGAGGCGUGCCGUUCUCCAUCCCCGGAAAUCUCGCUCUGGUCUCGCUGUGCGAUCCCUAUUGUAGCCCAUCUCCAUCUGGCUCUCUUCUUCGUCACCGUGCGAUCUCUCUUUCGCAUUCUCUUUCACCGCGCCCAUGCGUCACCUUCCUCGUGAUCCCUCCUCCGCACCUCACCUCAUCUUCAUCGAUUGCUUCGCCGCGUUUCUUUAAGGUGCUCGGCUCCCGAAUCUGAUCCCGCCCUCUGAAUUUCACGUUCUACAGCGUCGAGAUUCUUGGGCCGUUCUUCACCUGAUUGGCUUCUAUGAGCAAAUCGUUCUUCUUCGCUUGCUCGAGAGUGGGUUUCGCGUGGCUUGUCGCUGAGUUGGAUGUCGCCGGAGAUUCGUCUUGUUCUGGGAAGUUUGAAGAUCCCGGGCGGCGGUGUUGCGGCUCGGUGGUAAUGUAGCUUGUGGCCGAGACGUUUGGGGUAGUUUAAGGAUUAACUUGCCAAAAAGGAAGACGCUUUUCCCCUUUCGGGGUGAAGUUAGCAAUUGGGUUCGGCUUUUGGGAAAGCCAUGACGCUAUCAUCGCCCAAGGGUUCGUCCGCAAUCAGUUCGUUCCCGAGGUCACUUUCGGUAAUUGCUGUCGCCGUCGGAGGGCUUGCCAUGUUCUUGAUGGUCGCUUCUUUGCUCCUCGUCUCUCAUCCCAUCGGCUCCACGGUUCGCGGGUAUUUCUACGGCGUCGAUAGCUUGAGCGAAGUUGAUUUAGCGGUCUCUCCUUAUAAUGACAGUGGAGUUGCCCACUCCGUCGAUAAGAGCGUGGAUGGAGUUAGCGAGGUUCCUUCGUCGAAGCCUUUUUCCGAAGUGUACACGGGUUCGAAUGAUUCUUCGGCCUCGGUGGAAAAUAAGGAAUUGGAAUAUCCAGUGAACCCUGUUCCACCCGUCUCGUCUGGAUUGCCCUUGGGAGAGGAGGGCAAUUCCAGUUCUAAGAAUGAUAAGCUCAUAGAGAACACUGAGAUCACUAAGCCGGUCUCGUCAGAUGCGCCUGAUGGUUCUGCUUACUCAGCAUCAGGAACUACACCAUUAUCGACCCUUUUGGGUAAAAGAGCAGCUGCAAACACUUCGGUUGAAAUUGGUUGUGAUCUGUACCGUGGAAGUUGGUUUUAUGAUUCACUGGGACCGUUAUACACAAACAACACCUGCCCAGUUUUGACGCAGAUGCAGAACUGCCAGGGGAAUGGAAGGCCAGAUAAGGAAUACGAGAAUUGGCGGUGGAAACCAUCUCAGUGUGACCUCCCACGAUUUGAUGCCAAGAAGUUUUUGGAGUUGAUGAGAGGAAAAACACUAGCUUUUAUUGGCGAUUCUGUUGCACGUAACCAGAUGGAAUCGAUGUUAUGCAUCCUUUGGCAGGUUGAAGUCCCCAAAAACCGGGGAAACCGAAGAAUGCAACGAUGGUAUUUCAAGUCAACAUCUGUCAUGAUUGUUCGCAUGUGGUCCUCAUGGCUUGUGCAUCAAAGCAACGAAGCAAUUGAUUUUGCUCCAGAGGGCGUGGUGAAGCUUAACCUCGAUGCCCCUGACAAAGAUAUAAUGGAAUUUCUUCCCAAGUUUGAUGUGGUCGUUCUUUCCUCUGGCCACUGGUUUGCCAAGCAAUCAGUCUAUGUCUUGGACAACAAAAUUGUUGGUGGACAAUUAUGGUGGCCAGACAAAUCUCGAAAAAUGAAGGUCAAUAAUGUUGAAGCAUUUGGAAUAUCUGUUGAAACGAUUCUCUCUGCUAUUGUCACGCACCCUAAUUUCACUGGUGUAACCAUUCUCCGUUCCUAUUCACCUGAUCAUUAUGAGGGUGGAGCUUGGAAUACAGGGGGGUCUUGCACUGGGAAGGUGCGGCCCUUAGCAGCUGGGGAGUUGGUGGAAAAUGGUUUUACGAAUAUAAUGCUUGAGAAACAAGUGACAGGCUUUUAUCGUGCAAUUAAGAAGGCGAGCAACAAGUCAAAAUUGAGGUUGAUGGAUAUCACCGAGGCUUUUGGUUACCGUCAUGACGGGCAUCCUGGCCCGUACAGAAGCCCUGACCCAAAUAAGAUCACAAAACGUGGUCCAGACGGAAAGCCUCCUCCACAGGAUUGCUUACACUGGUGCAUGCCUGGCCCAGUUGAUACCUGGAAUGAACUUGUGCUUGAAAUUAUCAGGAGAGAGCUUGAUGGCGACUGAAGCUUCUACCACGAAAAUGUGGCAUUCUUGUAGCUUUGUAGUUCGAAGGGUUACUAUGCCGCAAAAAUUUAAAUUAUGUCAGGGCCAGAGUUAGCUUGGUUCUUCUUCUUCUUCUUUUUAAAAACAUACACACUAGGGAAGAAAGUGUACUCCCCAAAGCAUUUUUUAGUCAGAGUGAAUACUGUAAUUUAUAUGUUAGUCUCUGUUCUCAGUUUAGACAGAUAUAAGUUAAUGAAAUUUUUCUGGACUAGUAUUCUUUCA